UUCGAUGAAGCAGUGUUGCAGGUAAACGCCAACGGGAAGAUAUUUGUGAACGACACUUUAACCCCAUGAGUUCAGAUUUAUUUAUUACUGGAGCUUCUGUGGGAUUCUGACUCAACACAGCUGCGCGUGCCUGCAAAAAGAAAAUCCUGCGCGUGUCACCGAUCCGUCGGAGACGCGCUUUUCACGCCAGCAACUUCCAACAUUUUUUGCUGUCGAGCAUCCAGGAUGAAAUCUAACAAAAGAGCUUUUUACGAAGAUCAGAAUGGAGACACCGAGUUUUCGGCCAUGUCUGACAGUGACCCCUGUGAAGAUGACGGUUUCCCCCUCAAUCUCUCCACGGGUCACAGAAGAACCGAAGCUUCGGCCAAACGCCGUCGUCGUGGAAACCUCCCUAAAGACUCUGUUCAAGUGCUGAGGGAUUGGCUGUAUGAGCAUCGCUUCAACGCGUAUCCAUCAGAAGUGGAGAAGAUGAGCCUGUCGAGACAAACCCAUCUUUCUGUGUCACAGAUCUGUAACUGGUUCAUAAACGCUCGUCGGAGACUCCUACCCGACCUCCUCAGGAAAGACGGCAAAGACCCCACCAAGUUUACCAUGUCACGACGUGCCGGCAAACCAGAAAGAUCCACUUCCCCGGAAAGCUCUUCGCCCCACCCCUCACCUAUCUCAUCAGCCCCAACAUUGGACUUAAGACUGUUAGGUAACACGGCGACGGCCAUUUUGGCUCGUGCCGGCUGUUUGCCAUUAUCGGGAGGUUUUAGUCAAGAUGCCGGUGUUCAAGCUUUGAUGCAGCUGGACGCGAGCGGUGUAGAUCAGUUCUCCAACAUUCAUCUGACAACCCUCGCACCUACAUCUACCUCAGUACUGACCCUGGGAGCAGUGAGCCCAACCGGGGUGCUGUUCAAUACGCCGCCUCCCACCCCUCCAGAGCUCUGCCCGCAAGAUUUCAGCGAUCUGAAACUUUUAGUGGACGCGGCGCUGCAGCGGGCUGCCGAGCAGGAAGGCUGCAGACAAAAAGAGCGAACGACACAACGACCAGACGAACUUUCAAUUUCAAGUCCUAUUGGCGAUUCGGAGGCCGUCUCGCGUUCCUAUUCUAGAGAAGAAACGCCUUCCAGGUUGGAGUGCGAUGCUACGGCGAGCUUGACGGAGAAUCCGGUGUUACCGGUAUCGGUUCCUGUCGUGACCCGCACAUUUCCAAGCCUUCCUGUCGUGCCAGCCGAUUUGACCAAUGGUGAUGUCGCCAAUGUGGUCGUGGAAUCUGGGAACUUCAUGCGUUCAUCUGCGGUUUGGAGCGUCAGACAGACCAGUCCACGUCCGAAUGCGGUGAUGCACACUUGGAGCUCAAACUACGCACACAAUACAGUCACAGAAACAGUCAACUAAAGUGGAAAUACGCAAGCAAGACGCUCCACUUAAGACUACGUUUGUCGAACGAUGGAAACCUGGGCGCUUUGGUUGACACUAAAAUGUUUACUGUGUCUCUCCUGUCUCCCUGCUGUCAUGGAUGCAUUUUGAGCGUUGCUAGGUGCCCAGAAAGCCCCUUCAUUGAUUCAGUCACAAACGUCCUCCUGAAUUGUUGACGUAUUUUUAAGACGUUUUAGCUUUUUUACCCACCUGAAGUUUCCUUCAACACUAAAUGCUCUUUCGUUGAGAGCAAAUGUUUUACUCUGGAGUUUAUAAUUCACUUGCAGCAAGUGUCCACCAGCAGAUCUAAACCUUAAACAUUUACAAGAGCUCAGACAUCCUGAGCACAUCAGGCGACAGAAAGAGACUUCAGGAUCUUUUUCAUUUUCGAUGUGGCCUUGAAGGAGCUCCACAUCUCUGUCUGCAUCGAUAUAUCCUCAUUUAAUAGUUAUGUAGCAUGGGUUUACUGAUAUCUGUGAAUGUUUCUGGAAGAGCAGCAUGCAGUGUUCGAUCUUUUAUCAGAUCUCGUUUAGGUGCUAAGUGUGUCGUCUUUUAAUACUUUAGAUAAAACCUUUUCUACCAAAUCCUCGACCAUGUGUUUGUAUGUUUCCUGCACUUUAGUCCAAUUUCACCUCCAAGUCUAAAUCCCUAAAUAACAUCGGAGAGCUUUAUUGUGUGAUAUGGAGAGCGGUGGAUUGUCAGGAAAUCGAUGGGUCUGCAGAGGUCAUCAUUCACGUCCCGAGAUGGAGGCGAGAGCAUCAUUGAUUUCCUUCAGGUCUCAUGUAACGCUGGAGCUUUUUCUCCAUGACGUGAGCCGUUGAGUAAAAUAGAUCAUCUGUGUUAACAAGUUCACUCUCACACGGUAAAGAUUGCUAAAAAUGUUUUUAAAUCACACACAUUUAGUCAAUUUCUCUUUCAGAAUCUUCAUACGCUUUUAUUCUCUGCUUAUAGUUUCCAUGAAACGUGUGGAGAUGUCACCGUUAGCCGUUCAUUGUGUUUAAUGGCUAUCAAACAUGAGGUCACUUUACAUUUAUAUCAGUUUAAUCUGCCUUUCCUUUAGUUUUUAUUAUGCGGGGUACAUUUAAACAUUUCAAAAGUAUUUCCAAUGUUUACGCAUCAUGUUUAUUAUUCUAUGUUUGAAUGUAUCUCAGGUUGGUUUGUAUAGUUUUAGCUGUAAUUGAUAUUGUAGCGACAUCAAACUGUAUUACAGAUCCGAUAACCUAACAUUUCAAACCACUGUGAGCUUGUUGUUAGUUCCUGCGAUGGUACUGGAAGUAAAUGUAGAUAUAUUUUUAUACUGUAUGCUCUAUUUUUUCACCUCAUCUGAAUGACCGACGUCGAUAUUUCUAAACUGUUAUUUACGAAAUGAGUCUUGCGUAUUGCAAAGCGAAACGUGUAAAUAUCGUUCGGGUUUUUGUCUUAGAGUUGCUGCUUAUAGCUUAUAUACAUGAAAUUUUUGUAGCUCUCGACUAUAUGACCAAAUACAUGAUGGUGGAUGUGAAUGUUAUUUUUUUUUAAGUUCAUGUUUAUCUGUAACAGUGUUCAAUAAAAGUGGCAUUUGUGCCUUAUAUGCUUCUGUAGGAAAACCUUCUGUAGUCUGUGCAAUAUCUGCCUUAAACAUUUUAUGUCUUUUUGUACAAACAUACAGAGAAA